CGGGGCGGGCAGAGGCGCUGCUGCCGCGAUGGCCAUACUGCCCGUGUCGCUGCUGCUGCUGCUCGGGGGCUGCCUCUGCCCGCCCGCCCGCGCCGGGCUCUACUUCAGGGAAGGGCAGCGCUGCUACAAGCCGGCCCCGCGCAGGGCUCCGGGGCUGAGGACCUACCCCCGGCCCCACGAGUACCUGGACGUCUCCACGCUGCCCGAGAGCUGGGACUGGAGGAACGUGAACGGCGUCAAUUAUGCCAGCACCACUCGGAACCAGCACAUCCCGCAGUACUGCGGGUCCUGCUGGGCACACGGCAGCACCAGCGCCCUGGCAGAUAGAAUCAACAUAAAGAGAAAAGGAGCAUGGCCUUCUGCCUACCUCUCUGUUCAGAAUGUGAUUGAUUGUGCCAACGCAGGGUCCUGUGAAGGGGGCGACCACUCUGGUGUCUGGAUGUAUGCCCAUGACCAUGGCAUUCCAGAUGAGACCUGCAACAACUACCAAGCUAAGGAUCAAAAGUGUAAGAAAUUUAACCAGUGUGGAACUUGUGUCACUUUUGGAGAAUGCCAUGUGAUAAAGAACUACACUCUCUGGAAAGUUGCUGAUUAUGGGUCUGUCAGUGGAAGAGAGAAAAUGAUGGCAGAAAUCUACACUAAUGGUCCAAUUAGCUGUGGCAUCAUGGCUACUGAAAAGCUGGAUGCUUACACUGGAGGACUUUACAUGGAGUACAACCCCUCACCUGUGGUGAAUCACAUUGUAUCUGUGGCUGGCUGGGGUGUAGAAAAUGGAACGGAAUACUGGAUUGUUCGUAACUCAUGGGGUGAACCUUGGGGUGAAAGAGGGUGGCUGAGAAUUGUGACAAGCGCAUACAAAGGUGGAAAAGGAGCAGACUACAAUCUUGCUGUUGAAGAGGACUGUGCAUAUGGAGAUCCUAUACUUCCUUGAUUCUAUGUUGUACAUCUUUCUGUUUAGGAACUACUUUGUUUGGAAGUUUCCUGGCACAACCUUUUUGUGUUUAAAGAAUAGCAAUUUAAAACUCCUCACGGUUCAAUACCACCAGGCAGUUCUGCGCAAUUAGCCCAGGUAGCAACACACAAAGUCGUCAAAGGAAGAGCUGCCUUUUUAAAGUAGUAAAUAACUAUUUAAAAAGUAACUUACCCAUGAAAAAGUUGUCUGCCUUGAUGCACAAUAUUUUAAUAAUAUUGACUUAAUCACAGAAACUGCAUAUGUAAACCUCUAUUUUUUAAAUACAAUUAUGUAGGCAUGCUGGGAAGGAAAAAGUAUACUCAAUAUUUGGGUCUAAAGCUUAUAUUAAAUUCUUUGGCAGUAUCAAGCAACUCUCUCACAAUGAUGCAGAUGAAAAAAAGCUAAGUCUGGACAUGAGACAUUAAAAAAAAAAUUCCCUGAACAUUCCUUGGUCUCUGGAUAAAGCUGUUGUUCUAAGUAUCUUAUAAUGUAAUUGCUUUUAUCCAAAACUAUACAACAACCAAAACUAUACAACAGGAAUUACUUUGAUCAAAAGACAAUGUCUAAACACAGUUUUUACUUUGUUCAAAUUCCUGGCUUUAAUAUGUUAUUGGCUGUGCCAUUUUUAAUCCUUAUGUUACAAAGUAUAAAUUGCCACCAGCCAGAACUCUUCACUGAUUUGAAGAAAGGUAACAAAUUCUCUUCCUUAAAACUGAGCCAGUUACUAAGUGGCAAAUCACUGCCAUAUCAAGUGUUACAAACUGGUACUGUUAAUUACAUUUAAUAAACAGACCUUUUUCCUCUUGCAUGAUGGUA